AUGAAAAGCUUUACAAUAACGCCAAUGAUAAUAUCUGGACUAGAUUAUUUUUCGGGAUCACCUUCUCGUUGGCAAGUUUUUCGUAGCUAUUUUCCAGAUUUUACUGUCAAGUCAUUAAAUGAUACAAGAUGGGAAAGCCGCAUUAAUGCUUUAAAACCAUUACGAUACAAUCUCGGAAAAAUUUACGAUGCUUUAAUGCAAAUAUUUGAGGAUCCAAGAUUACAAACUACAUCAGUAGGAAAUUCUUCCCGAAAUGAGGCUCAAGGGCUAGCAAAUUCUAUUUGCAUAUUCAAGUUCAUGGUGCCCUUUAUUCAUGCUACACAACAAUUAAAUAUUACUAAAAACAAACUUGUAAAAAUGAGAAAUGAUGAAGGCUUUCAAAGAAUUAUUGUUGAUGCUGCUGAAAUUGCAAAAGAAUUGGAAACAGUAACAAAUUUUGAAGAAAAACAUGUCGGGAGAAGGAGAAAAAAGCGACAGUUCGAUUAUGAAACACAAGAUGAAGCGUUGCAAGAUCCAAAAGAAAAAUUUAAAGUUGAAUUUUAUUUUAAAAUUUUAGACACUGCUAUACAGUCUAUUGCGGAAAGGUUUGAACAAAUGCGACAGUAUAAUAGUAUGUUUGGCUUCCUUCAUGAUAUUUAUUCUAUAAGUUCAAAAUCUUCAACAGAAUUAUUGAAAAAUUGUAGAAAUCUAGAAGAAAUUUUAACUCAUGGUUCUCAAAAAGAUAUUAGUGCAGCGGAUUUUUGUAAUGAAAUCAAAGUACUUUUUGGAAGACUCCCGCAACAAAUGACACCACAUGAAGUACUAACUUUUAUAGUUGAACAACGUUUAAUUGACUGUCUACCAAAUAUAUGUAUUUCUUUAAGAAUACUAUUAACACUUCCAGUGUCCGUUGCAAGUGGCGAGCGAAAAUAUCACUAG